GACUUCAGCCAUUCGGAUCCUCAAGUUCUCGACACCGCGUUGAAGCCAUUGUGCUUUCCUGCCCUUAUUCAUCAACAGCCCAUGCCGACAGUUCCUAUUCUCUCAGUCCCUGCACCUCCUUUCCCGUACGGAGGAUGGGCAUACGAAUCACAGGAAGAGCAGACUUUGCUCUUUAACUACUGGCGCUCGUUUUCGCCUUCACGCCUUCCCAUGGAAUGGAAUACAGAUUGGGAGAAAUCCAGAAAUUGGCGGCAAUUCGUUGAUGCUUGUGACCUAACCUACGGACUUGCUUGGACGCUUGAAAACGCGACGUUCUACCUUGGCACUAUCAUUCCGCUCAUGCGGAAGGAUGGCCUUGGCGGCGAAGAGGUGAUUUUCAUAGCGGGUGGUCUUCUGUUUGCAUACACACAGGAUUCAGAGUAUCCCUCUCUUCUGGAUCCAUCCCUCCCUUACCUGAGCAUCUUCAAUUCUUUGGAUGCAGGUGGCAGGAUAUGGUCGUUUGUGAUCAUGGAGUGUAAUCGCACGGAUCAGUCAAAGAUUUCCGAGCUUCUGCGCGCAGAUAAGAUGUGGAUGUACGAACGUCAAAAAUUGAACCGCAACCGAUGGGAAGAGAUGCAAAUGCGUGGAGGGGAAGUCCGCUCACGGUUCUUGAAGCCGCUUCGCGAUCGCCGAUGGAUCCUUGCUAUGUUUGGCCUCGAAUGAAUGGUGUUUUUUUUUUUGGACAAGAGUCUCAAGUUGGCUCCUCCUGGAUCUGUGAUUC